UCAGUGGUCGGGAUGCUCGCACUGAUUAGUUGCUAAUCGACGGCGGUGCGUUUGGGUAGUUUGUGCGAGACCAGAGACCCAAGUCCUCACCGUGGGAAGGGUGUGUGCUUAUCCUGCAGCGGACGUAGCGUAGGCAGCAGCAGUGACUCUUCAACCUCAUCUCAACACUCAAUCAGCUUCGUUUGCUUCUGGGUUUACGUAGCGGGGCAGGGUUUACAGCACAACAAGCAAUCAAACAGUUACAACUACAUCAUGUACGGAUUGCGCUGCGUCAGUGCGCUGCUGCUUGUGGGCUGUCUGCUGAACGUUGUCGCAGUGUGUUGGUCCGACCUUACCACGCUACGGUACGACACGACAACAGGCGACGCUGAGUCUAGCGCGGAACCAUUCACGGACGUCCCGAGCACGGUGCAGCCAGCGGCACUGCCACCGGGUGCCGGCGCCGACUACAUCGAUGCGGUCGAGUGGGCCGAACCGAGCGCGUACGAUGUGUACUGCAGACCGGAUCUCUGCCUGCGCUACAACCGGGCCGGGCUGCUCGAGGCCAAGCGGCACGUGGCCUGCGGAUUUAACGGGUCGUUUGCGGACGCGUGCCCACCGGGCCGGAUGAUACAGAAGAUUGACGCGCAGCUGCGCGCCUACAUACUCCACCUGCACAACGAGGUGCGGGACCGGUUGGCGCGGGGCGACGAGGCUGGCUUUGCGGCCGCCUCCAGGAUGCCCACGGUGACUUGGGACGAUGAGUUAGCGAAUUUGGCAGAAAUUAACGUGCGCAGCUGCAGGUUCGAGCAUGACGAGUGCCGCAGCACCUACCAGUAUCUGCACGCCGGGCAAAACCUGGCCGUCGGGUCCUACUACCUUGAGACGGACAUCUUCGAGAUCAUCCACAACCUGACCGGGCUGUGGCACCGGGAGUACCUCGACACGACCCAGGAAGUGUUGGACAAGUACACGACCGACUACAAUGCUACGAUCGGGCACUACACGCAGAUGGUUUCCGACCGCACGACCGCGAUCGGGUGCGGCGUGGUGAUCUACCCGAAAAAGAUGGAGGACUUUGUGUUCAAGAUGGUGCUGUACGCGUGCAACUACGCUAUCACCAGCAUCGUGCACCAGCCAAUCUACCGGAAGGGCGAGCCGGCGAGCCGCUGCCGCACGGGCACCAAUCCGGACUAUGCCGGGCUGUGUAGCUGGGAGGAAAAUCAGUUUAUUAAAGCAGUGCCUGCGUAUGUUUGACCGUA